GCAAAAAGAAAACAUAACCAAAAUGCCGCCAACCAAAACAUAAACAAAAGGAAUGCUGAACACAUGUUGAGUUGAGGAUUUUUUGUUUUUGCUCUUGUUUCAAUAGUUUUUGAUUGCAAAGUGCCUCAGAAAUGGAUCUUAAAACUUACAAAAAAAUUCACCCGGUCAAAUACUACAAGGACCACCUCGAGAGCAACAUAAGGCCGGAUGGGCGGGAAGUCGGUGACCUCCGCCCGCUGGCCAUCAACUUUGGCUCGAUCACAUCGGCCGACGGUUCGUCGAUCGUCAAGAUCGGCAACACGACCGUCGUGUGCGGCAUCAAGGCUGAGUUGGCGCCUCCGAAACCGGUCGAGCCGGAAACCGGAUUUCUGGUGCCGAAUAUCGAGAUUUCGCCGCUGUGCUCGCCCAAGUACCGUCCGGGACCGCCCAGCGAGGAGGCCCAGGUUUACAGCUGCUCGCUGGCGGACGCAAUUUUGAACUCUGGCUGUGUAAACUUGAAGGAUCUUUGCAUCACGAAGGAAAAGCUCGUUUGGGCGUUGUACUGCGACCUGGUUUGCCUGGACCACGACGGGUGCGUGUUUGACGCGUCGGUGAUUGCGCUGGUGGCCGCCCUGCACACGCUGACACUGCCCCGGAUGCGCCACAACGCGGACACGGACGAACGGGAGGUGCUGGAGGAAGAACCGCGGGAAGCGCUCAAGUUGAGCUCGAUUCCAGUGACGACGUCGUUUGCGGUGCUCUGCGGGAGGAUUGUGGCGGAUCCGACUGCGGAGGAGGAGGCACUGGCCACGUCCACCAUCACCAUCACCAUCUGUGACGCCACGUUAAGCUACUUCAACAAGAGCGGCGGCGAACCGGUGGAGCAGGAACUUCUGGACCAGUGCAUCGAGAACGCCAUGAAGCGGGAAAAGUCCGUCCGGGCGCUGAUCAAGACGAUGGUGAAGAAUAAAAAGUAGAUUGAAGGUGA